AUGGAAGCAUCAGUGCUGAGCCCCACAUCCUGGGAGAAACGAAGAGCAUGGUUACAACAAAGUCGUAACUGGCAAACCCAGGUCCUGGAAGAGGAGGCUGCAGCUGCCCUGCAGGAUGCACUGGAUCCCGAGCCUUCCAGCUUGGAUGAUGUUUUCCAGGAAGGAAAUCCAAUCAAUAAGAUUGAGGACUGGCUGCAGGGCUGUGGAGACACUGAGGAGGGACUUUCUGAAGAAACAGGGCAAUCCAACUGCAGUGGGUACUCUAGCCAUGGAACUAGCUUUGAAGAUGACUUGAGUCUUGGAGCGGAGGCCACGCUACUAGCCACCAAUGGAAACCUCUUCUCCAGGAAAUUCCUCCAGACACCCAGGCCUUGUCAGUUACUCGAUCUUGGCUGUAGUUUGGCUUCCAGCAGCAUGACUGGUGGAACCAACAAAACCAGUUCAAGCAUCUCAGAGAUCUUGGACCAGGUACAAGAAGAUGCAGAAGACGUCCUCUUCAGUCUGGGCUUUGGCCAUGAGGACCACAAAGAUACGUCUCGUAUCCCUGCAAGAUUUUUCACCAACCCCUCUCAGGCCAAGGGCAUUGACUUUCAGCUCUUUCUGAAAUCUCAGAUGGAAAGGAUUGAGAUGGAGGAUCCCUGCCUGAUGCUGGCCAGCCGCUUCAAGCAGGUGCAAACACUGGCCGUCACUGCAGAUGCUUUCUUCUGUCUCUACUCCUAUGUAUCUAAGACACCCGUCCAAAAGUUCACACCACCCAACAUGUUCUGGCCUUGUGACCCAACUGAUAUGCCAUCCAUCAGGAUUCUGGAUACAGAGCCUGAACCCCACUCACCCAGAGAACGUCUGCGGAAAGCAAUCUCUAAAAUGUGCCUGUAUACAGGUUCCCGAGAUCGCCUGGCACCAUUUCACAACAACCCCAAAAGAAACAGUUUGGACCAAGUUGUGUGGGAAGUGAUGGACAGAGUGAAAGGAGAAAAGCUAGGUCUCCAGCAAGGCUCUGGAAAUGGACAAGUCCCUCAGGAAGAGUCUGUGUCUCCAGUACAAAAUACGAAGCCGUCCACUUCUCCUUUUUCAUGUGUUUUUUGCCCUAAAGAAGAAACACGGAGAGACAAGUGCUGUGUUCAUGCUCUGGACAGAGCAGGUCCACAAUGCAAUACAGACUCUACACAAGUAAGAGAGCUGUGGGGUCUACAGGCCAUUGAGGAGAAGCCCUACUCGGAUGAGAAUGAGAGUUCAUGGGGAAGGAAAAGCAAAGUGAGAAAGAGCCUAUUCCAAAGUCCUCCCUCAGACAAGGAGAUUAAAUCACUGGACUUGUCCGUCAUCCAGAAGAAACAAAAGCAGAGCCAAACCAGACAUGAGCUACACCAAUCUCUAACUCAGCAGCUUGGGAGUGCUUCUGACUUGGAGCAGGUACAAAACAACAAUGAAGAAGAGGAGGAGUGUCACUUGCCCACCAGAGCCGGGCACCCCUACUUCUACCACACUUCCCUUGGAGAAGACUCAAGAAGUAAGUUGGCCUGUGUGUCAGUGUUUCAAUAUGCGGACACAUCCUCUCCCCAAUGA